AUGCUAUCAAAUGAUUACCAAAGAGAGUCAAACAUAAAUAAACUUCUCAACUUAAGAGACAAGGUGAAAAAGAGGGAUCUCAUUAAACGGGAUGAUCGUAGGAGACUGCAGAGGCUCAGGUUAUGGGCAAGGGAGAAUGCAGGCAUCUUAUCAGCUGUUCUAAUUUCCUCAUCAGCUGUAAUCAUAGGACUGGUAGCAUCAACUAGAAACAUAUUAUGGAAAGUAGGUGACACAACUGAAAAGCUUGAUAAGCGGAUCAGUAAGUUGCUAAACUACCAAAUAGGACUACCACCUGUAUUUCAGAAGAUAGCCGAUGGAGUAGAGUUAGCAGCGGAUAAUAUAUGGAUAAUCAUUGUUUGUGCAGCAGUAGUUUUACUAUACAAAUACAACUAA